AUGCAGUGCUUCGUGGGCUGCUUCCGGGCUUGGCUUGCUCCGGAGCCAAACUCCAAGCUUCCCGAUCUCCGGAUCUUGUCGGUGAAUGACGUGUACAAGCCCGAGCGACUGGCCUUGGUUCGGACAGUUGCCCGAGCGGCUGCAGACCCUGGUGUACUCGUCAAGCAAGUGCUGCCUGGAGAUUUGCUUGGCGGCUCUCUGUAUGCUAGUGAACAUCUGGGGGAAUCGACCGUUGACGUAUUGAACUCAUUGGGAGUUGAUUACUGCCUUUUGGGAAAUCACGAGUUUGACUACGGUGAAGAGCGCCUCCGAGAGCUGAUGGACAAGUCCCGGUUCCCAUGGCUCGGCUCGAACGUGCGCGACCGCGGCGCCGCGCAGAGUAGCAUCUUUCAUACUACUCUGGAUUCGGACACUUUCUGGGUGCAGUCCAGCCAUGGCCCUGUUCUUUGUGGCCUGUUUGGCUUGUGUACUCCAGCUACUCCUCAGCUUUCAGACCCGGGACACAACAUCAGCUUCGAAGACCCUAUCUCGCAUGCAAGGAGGUGCGUAAAGGCUCUUCGGGCCUCGGGCUGCGAAUUCAUCGUGGCCCUGACGCACUUGAGCCUUCAUCAGGACAAGCAGCUGGCCGAAUCCUGCGAUGGUCUCCAGGUUAUUUUGGGAGGCCACGACCACGACCCAUACUACUUGAUCCACCACGGCGUGUUAAUUGCCAAAUGCGGGCAGAAUGCUGAAUAUGUUGGCAUACUGGACUUGUACCUGACGCGAGCUCCUGCUGGUGUGGAGGUGAAGCAUUCCUUCCACUUUCGCAGCACUGCAGCCGUCAAAGAGGAUCCCACUGUGGUAGAGGUUGUUUGCAGGUGGAAGAAAUCGACCACCAGCACCGAGGAGGAGCUUUGCGUCGUGGGAUCGCCGCUGUCCAGUCGGACAUAUGAACUCCGCUCCACGGAAAAUGCAUUUGGCUGUUUGGUUGCGGACGCUGCGUUGUGGGCCUGCCGCCCGCACGGCUGCCACGGAGCCAUCAUCAACGGGGGAUUCAUCCGGCAGGACAGGGUGUACCCGGCGCAUUCCGUCCUGACAGCUCGGCAGGUGAGCGAGGAACUCCCAUUUGCCGAGUGCCCGGCGGUGGUGCGUUUGACAGGCAAGAGCUUGCGCUACGCUUUGGAGGAAAUGUUGGCCUCGGCUCCAACUCCAGUGGGUUGCUUUCCGCAUGUGUCAACAGGUAUGUCUGUCAGCUACGAUCCGAGCGCUCCGCCUUUUGAGCGAGUACAAGGCUUAGAAGUGGACGGUCGGACAGUUGACCCAGAUGAGCAGUAUUUGGUGGCGAUAAACCGUCUCUUUAGUGAAGUUGCGGCGGACGGUGUGCAAACAUUUUGCAAGUGCGAGCGCACCUAUACUCACCACCAGCUCUUCCGAGAUGUGGUGAUGGACUACCUGCGAGAACGCAGGCAUAUGAGUGGUGAGCUUCCGGGACGCCUUGUCCCGGUCACAGCUGUUGGCAAUCUGGAGGCUAAGCGACGGCUGGCUUCUGACCGGACCUGCUGUCAAAGCAAUCGUAGAGAGGACCCCGAUGGCGAACGAUCAGAAAAGCGACGUUGGCACCAUGUGCAGCUGCGCUUACAGCUAACGCUGAACUUACUUACAAAAGAUGUUCCAGAUGAAAAUGAUCCGGUGCCGGCGUCCUUCGUAGAACUCUCUGGCAAAACUGCGGGCAGAUCAGCGAGCACUCGCAGUGGAAAGGGCAGGCACCAUGCGGCGCCGCAGGCACGCCACUCUGCCCACAGAAGACAUGCUCGAAAAGAGUACCAAGAUGAAGAGUCGGAUGAUAGCACUUCUGAAGAUCGAAGAGCUUCCCUGUCCGAGGACAAGGACUCCAGGGCAGACGGCCAGGAUGAUGAACCAGAGCCGGAUGUCAGCAGACGCGAAGACAGCCGAUACGACGACGACCAGCAGGAAGUCGAGACACAAGACCGACAUAGCCACCACACAAGACAUGUGCGAUCCAGAGACCCUCAAGAAGAAGUUCCAUCGGAUUCACCGUCAGACUCCCACAAGCCUAUGGUUCACAACGCGUCACACCAGCCCUCACCGCCGGUGGAAUCGAAUCAGACGCUGCAUGACAGCUCCAGUCGAGCCGGUGAAGCAGUCGGAGGACAGCCACCCCCGGUCGGCUUGCCGCACGCAGCCGUACGGACUGGAUGGCUUGUAACUUCGUCGUGCUGGGCCAUCCUCAUGCUGGUGGCAGCGGCCAUUGCUCUCUGGCUGAAGCGGCCCGAGCUGCUGCCUGAGUUUGCGGCUGGGCGUGGAAAGGGGCGCAUGAACAACGAAACAAGAACGCUUGUUGUGGCCCGAUUCUUGUUUCGCUUCUCCUGGAGAAUGUUUGGCAACCGGCUGGCGAGCCUUGCAAUGAUCGGCCACAAGAUGGAUUUGGUCUCCGCCUUCAUUGCCCAGUACGGUGUCGACGCAUCGGCAGAAGGUGCGUUGAGAAAUCUGCCGGCAGACGCACAACGGCAGGUCAUCGGAGAGGGUCCGCUGAGAGGGCUGAAUGCAUCAGCGUUGCUCAUGAGCCGAAUAAGAAGGGUGCAGGGCAGCCUUGCGGCAGUCACCUCACAUCCGAUGGGUCCUGGAGGAAUGAAUCCCCCGAUGCCUGCAAAGAGUGGGGUGGGCCCGCUGUAG